UCCCGCCCCGCUCCCGCAGCCAGGCGCCCGCCAUGGAGGAGGAGAGCAUGGAGGAGGAGAGCGGCGGCGAGGCCAUCAUGGACGACCAGAACCACAACAACUGGGGCGCGGGCGGCUACGGGCGGCACCUGCUCGGGGAGCGGCUGCUGCCGCCGGCCGGGCCGCCGCGGCCCGCGGGGCCCGAGCACAACGGCGCGGGGCUGCGGGGCUGCGAGCCGGGGGCUGCAGCCGGCAGGGCGGGGACGGCCGGGGCCAUCGCCGCCAUCAACAUCAGCGCCUCGACCUCCAAGUUCCUAAUGAAUGUUAUAACAAUUGAAGACUAUAAGAGCACAUAUUGGCCAAAGUUGGACAGUGCCAUAGAUCAGCUUUUAACUCAGAGUCCUGGUGACUACAUCCCUAUCUCCUAUGAACAAAUAUACAGUUGUGUGUAUAAGUGUGUAUGCCAGCAGCAUUCGGAACAGAUGUAUAGUGACCUAAUAAAAAAGAUAACUAACCACUUAGAGAGAGUCUCAAAGGAGCUGCAGGCCAGCCCUCCAGAUCUCUAUAUUGAAAGAUUUAACGUAGCUCUUGGACAGUAUAUGGGAGCAUUGCAGAGCAUUGUGCCUCUUUUCAUAUAUAUGAAUAAAUUUUACAUAGAAACCAAGCUAAACAGAGACUUAAAAGAUGACCUUAUAAAGCUGUUUACGGAACAUGUUGCAGAAAAGCACAUUUACAACCUAAUGCCUUUACUUUUGGAAGCUCAGUCAACACCGUUUCAAAUAACUCCUUCAACCAUGGCAAAUAUUGUGAAAGGCCUCUAUACACUACGACCAGAAUGGGUACAGAUGGCACCAGCUUUAUUUUCUAAAUUCAUCCCAAAUAUUCUACCCCCUGCUGUGGAAUCUGAGCUUCAGGAAUAUGCUGCUCAAGACCAGAAACUUCAAAGAGAGCUUAUUCAGAAUGGAUUUACUAGAGGUGACCAGUCACGCAAGAGAGCUGGAGAAGAGUUAACUUACAAUGGCUCAUCAGCUUGUGCAAGCUCCAGGGGAUAUAGAUAGUGAAUAUACUGGAUCAGCUUCUAUUCCUAGCCAGAACAGACACUGGAGGAGCACAGGUGGUAUCUGGAGCCUCCUUUGGCAACUGCUGAUACUCAAGCUCUGACACGAACUAUGCCUCAAAGAAGAGUUUUGGACUUUCUUCUUCAUAUAUUAAAAUGUCAGUUGCUGCUACAGUUGGGAUGACUUUGAAAUACAAGAUUCCUUGGUCUGGCCUAUCAACAAGCUCUUCUUCUGCAAUCUUUGUGAGGAAUGCACCUUGAAAAACAAUCCUUUCAAAGUGGAAAUGGGCAGCCAAAAUCAGCAGCUUCCAAAAGCGUUAGAAUGGAAGAAUCCUUUUUGCACUCUUUUCUUAAUAUUAAAGACAUUCUUAAAACUAGUUAACAAGUCAGUGUAUUGGAUUUUAAACUUCAAGUUAUUUUCUGGAGCUUCUACUUAAUAAGAAUAAAGUUUCAUUAUUUUGCAGUA